UUGGAUGUAAACAUUGCUUGACAGAUCUGUACUACGUUACAUCGGCUCCAAGUUUACUGAAACUAUGGCAGAAACUGCUCCUGCUCCCGCAGCUGCUCCGGCCAAAGCCCCGAAGAAGAAGGCGGCAAAGGCGAAAAAGCCUGGACCAGGCGUGUCAGACCUUAUCGUGAAGGCGGUUGCCGCUUCCAAAGAGCGCAAAGGAGUUUCCCUGGCGGCUCUGAAGAAGGCUUUGGCAGGUGGUGGAUACGACGUUGAGAAAAACAACUCUCGCAUCAAGAUUGCUUUGAAAUCUCUGGUGAAAAAAGGGGCGCUUGCUCAAACUAAAGGCACCGGAGCAUCCGGAUCUUUCAAGGUGAGCAAGAAACCAGCCGCCAAGAAGCCCGUUAAGAAAGUUGUGCCGAAACCGAAGAAACCAGCCGUGAAGAAGAAGGCGGCAGCCAAGGUGGCUAAGCCCAAAAAGGUAGCAGUAAAGAAACCUGCCCCGAAGAAGUCUCCCAAAAAAGUGAAGAAACCGGCUGCGCCCAAGAAAGCCGCCAAAAGCCCGAAGAAAGUAAAGAAACCGGCUGUGAAGAAAGUUGCAAAGAGUCCUAAGAAGGUCAAAGCAGUGAAGCCUAAAGCCGUAAAGCCCAAGGCUACCAAGGCGAAGAAGACGGCCGCUAAAAAGAAGUAGACAGCCACACUUCACUCCACAAACCAAAGGCUCUUGUAAGAGCCACCCCAUCUUCACAGAAGUACAAAUGUUCCUAAUGCAUGUAAGAAGGCUAUUGCCUUUUUAAUAGACUGAGAAAAUGGUUUUUGGGUGGGAUGCGACACUUUUUGAACCGUCUUGUUGGAUUGCUUAUAAAUAUCACCAGCGCGAACGAGCAGGACAAAUACUUCUGUGUAAGAUCGGUUUGUAGAAACACGUGACAGUCUCUACCUCUGUACCUGAUGCUCAAAGCCGAUUAUUUGCUGUAGAUUUUCAAUCCUUCACAGAUUAGACAGAAGAGUCCGCUGGUUGGAAAGUGUCCGAAAUGUGCACAUAGUUUGUUCAGAGUUCAUCGUGUGCGAGCGUGUGUGCACGUAUACGUGAGAGCUUUUGUGACUAAACACUGAUUCGUGUAAUAUUUAUAUUUUGUAUAUGAUAAUACUAGAGUAUCCUGUAAAUAUAGCAAUACAGAACACACAUUUAAUUUAUUCAUUGUUAAUGGUUUGUUGAAUGUUGCUAUAAAAGGCAAGAUACAUCCCAUCAGUUUUUGUGUGUGUGUGUGUAUACUGUUUUUACCUUUUACUCAUAAACCUAUAUUUUGUCCAAAACCUGUUUUACUACAACAACAAAAAAAUGGUGUCAGAAGAUUAUUAUUAUUUUUUUUAUCUGCUUAAUGUACAUUUUUGAAUUUCAUGUUUUUAAAUUAAGGACAAAUUUUCUUAUUAAAAGCCAUUUAAAACUU